GUUGAAGUGUACCCAUGAUGAAAAUAACAGGCCUCGCUCAUCUUUUUAAGUGGGAGAACUUGCACAAUUGGUGGCUGACUAAAUACUUUUUUUGCCCCACUGUAUAUAUAUUUUUUACAAUGUUUGUUAAUAGGGUGAAGCGGUUUGACAUGUAUAGCUAAAGUUGAACCGGCAUUAAGAAAGAAAGUGAAAUCUUAAAUGUUUGUGCUGCCAUCGCUUUGGUUGCUAUUAGUAUCGUUGUGCUGGCAGGAGGAAAAAAAGCUGUCCUGUAAACGUCCACACCAAGCUUUUCGUCAGGUCAACAGAUCCAAAGCUUAAUUCAUUGCGGUCAUUAUUGUUAAUAUUGUAAAUAUUUUAAGUUGGACAGACUAUUUAUUCAUUGAGCGUUUUUGUGAAGCACAUUGAGUGACAAUCAUGUUUUUUUGGGGUAAUAUUUUUUUGGGGACUUUUUUUUGCAUAAUGUUGACCAGAUGUAUUGUAAGCCUUGUAUUUAUCUUGUAUGGAAGAAAAAAAACUACUCAAACUUACAAAUACAUACAUAUCUAUUGAUAUGUGUUUUUUGUGUGUUGUGCAGAUUUUAUUCUCAUCCAUUUUUAGCUAGCAGUGGCUAAAGUUUGAAGUGGCUGUUUAAAGAAAUCUGAUCCAUGGAUUAUAGUUCUCCUGGCUCAUAGACUACUUUCAGAAAUCUGAUCCAUGGAUUACAGUUUCUCCUGGCUCAUAGACUACUUUCAGAAAUAUGAGCCAUGGAUUACAGUUUCUCCUGGCUCAUAGACUACUUUCAGAAAUCUGAUCCAUGGAUUACAGUUUCUCCUGGCUCAUAGAUUACUUUCAGAAAUAUGAGCCAUGGAUUACAGUUUCUCCUGGCUCAUAAACUACUUUCAGAAAUAUGAUCCAUGGAUUACAGUUUCUCCUGGCUCAUAGACUACUUUCAGAAAUCUGAUCCAUAUCCUUUGAUCCAUAUCUGAAGACCAUAUCCUUUGUACAUUGGCAGAAAUAUAUUGAGGCAAGAAACUGCGAGACCCAGCAUGCAACAGCAUGUGAUCUCACCAAAUAUUUCCUAAUUUAACCCCACUCUGCCUCAUUGGGAUAAUUAUGGGAGAUUGUCGGUCCUCUCCUCGCUGGUGGCGCUCUACAGUUUCAAUGUGACGUUGUAUUCUGUAACAGUCAAUGGAAUCAUUGCUAUAAUAUGAAGUUACAUGUACUGCAAGUAUAUAAGGCACCACAAGAUGGCAGCAGAGACCAGAACCUUUAUAAACUCAUUGUCAAUGAACCCAUGCAAGGUGAGAUCUAUGCGCCCAUGUCGUCUCGUCUGCUGCUGACUUUCUGGUUGGAACUGCUUUGUUUCGUAUUGCAAAUUCAUGUCAAUAAUAAAUAUGAUACCUAUAUAUUUCUAAAAAGGCCAAUAUGAUGUGUACCAACAGAAGGAUCUGCACACGUUCUCAGUUAAACCUCAAGAUUUAGUUGUGACACUCAUAACACAUCAUGCGCGAGUUACCUUUCUUGACAUUUCUACAUGACAGAAAUUGCUGUCAGAGUGCCAUCAUAACGGAAUUGAUAGUAGAUUCUCCAGUCGUUGUAAUCUUUGAGAGCCAAUGAAUUUCGUGCUUCUAAAAACGGUGAAUAAACCGUAUCCAACCGCAGCUCAAGAUGAGGACAGAGACCCUCCUUUCUGCGUAAGCGCAACCAACCAACAGUGGGCAUUCAUUAAUAUUUCUUUGGGAGUGAGGUAUAGUAUACAGAUGCGUGACUACUUUUCGCUAAAUAGUUUUUUAUUUAAACGAGCUAAUUGCAGGUGCAAUUCUGGUCCUUGUUGUUUUUAACGUAGCAUUUGAGAUCUGUUCCAGUUUUUGAUAAUUUUGAUGUAUUGUCGCUGCUAAAAGAUGCCGCAGCCGAAAUCCCGAAAAAUCGCCGUCCUGGGCUACAGAUCCGUCGGUAAAUCCUCCUUGACAAUACAGUUUGUGGAAGGCCAGUUUGUCGACUCAUAUGACCCAACCAUUGAAAACACGUUUACAAAGAUGAUCACAGUGAAUGGUCAGGAGUACCACCUGCAGUUGGUGGACACAGCUGGACAGGAUGAAUACUCCAUUUUCCCUCAGACCUACUCCAUAGACAUCAACGGAUACAUUUUGGUGUAUUCUGUCACGUCAAACAAAAGUUUUGAAGUAAUAAAAGUUAUCCACGAAAAAUUAUUGGAUAUGGUGGGUAAAGUACAAGUACCCAUCAUGUUGGUGGGGAACAAGAAAGAUCUACACAUGGAACGUGUAAUCAGUUGUGAAGAAGGCAAAGCGCUGGCUGACUCGUGGAACGCAGCAUUCAUGGAGUCCUCUGCAAAAGAGAACCAGGUGAUGACGAUGACUGGACAUUCACUCCCAGAGCCAUCGACGGCGGUGGAGGUGUUCAAGAGGACCAUCCUGGAAGCGGAGAAAAUGGAGGGGGGAGCCCCCCAGGGCAGGACGUCCUGCUCCCUGAUGUAACCAUCCGCCUCGGGCCCUCGCAACACGUCCCCAACCACAGCACUGGACACUGGGAAAUCCCUCUACUUGAAGUGGCUAAUAGCCUGUUCUCCCUCGAGAAACGUCUUCUUUUUUUCCCUAUUAUUUGUGUUUUUUGGGGGGAAGGACAGAGGAAGACUUUGACAUUAAGAGUAAUUAUCAAUCCCAGCUUAGAGUACACUCGUAUCACCCCCCCCCCCCCCCCCCCCCCCAAUGUCUUCCCCUUCUUCUGAGAAACUAAACGUGGUGAAAUAUCGAGCCUUACUUCUCAUUUAAAGCCUGUAAUCUCAUUGCUACCUGAUUUCCCCCCUUCCCCUUGAAAAGUUUGUAUAACAACGUAUUUCAUAAAGUUAUUAUUAUGGCCACUACAGUUGGCCAGCAUUCAUUCACUAGUGUAGUGAAUGUUGAUUCCCCCCCUUUUUUUUGUAAUCAUUAAAUCUGCAUAUUGGUUCACUACA